AUGUCCCUGGAUGCAUCGCCGCCCUCGCUGUCCCUCCCCCAGAGCGUCUCUAGUCGCCUCGUCGCGACCUCCGACCUGACCUACCACAUUCUCGAGGCCGGCGCCACUCCCGCUCGUGAUCGCCCCUUAGUCGUCCUCUUGCAUGGGUUUCCUGAAAUCGCCUACUCAUGGCGCCGUGUCUUGCCCAAGUUGGCCGCCGCUGGGUUCUACGCUGUUGCCCCCGAUCAGCGCGGGUUCGGCCGCACCACGGGGUGGGAUACUCGGGGUUACGAUGAUGUCGAUCUGCAAAGUUUCUCCCUGACGACCCUGGUGCGCGAUAUAGUUCUCUUGGUCCAUGCAUUGGGAUACCGGUCGGUGCACUGCGUGGCCGGUCAUGAUUGCGGCGCCAUCACAGCAUCAACAUGUGCCCUCAUUCGACCGGAUUUCUUCCGAAGCGUAGCUCUCAUGAGCCAUCCUUUCAACGGGAGCCCUGACCUGCCGUUCAACACUGCUAAUGAGAGUAGUAUCGAGAGCCAGGCUAAAGCUGCAGGACAGGGCGGAGGAGGUGGCGCCGAGGGCUCUGCGGCUGCGUCGGGAAUUCACGAAGCCCUGGCACGGCAUGGGCGCAAACAUUACAAGUGGUAUUACUCCACGCCCAAUGCAGGCCCAGAUAUGUCCUCGCUCGCUCCGGAAGAACUUCAUCGCUUCCUACGUGGCUACUUCCACCUCAAAAGUGGUUCGUGGCCAGGCAACAAGCCCCGGCCCUUAAGUGGGUGGUCCGCUGAAGAGGUUGUUCAGAUGCCCGGAUAUUAUAUCAUGCCAGCAGAUGCAACUAUGCCCCAAGCUGUGGAAAGAGAUAUGGCAGACGAGCCGACACAGGGCAAGUCGUCGCACUCGUGGCUUCCCGACGAGGAGCUGGCGGUCUAUGUGGCCGAGUAUGCUCGCACUGGCUUUCAAGGCGGCCUAAAUUGGUAUCGUGUGCGUACGGCUCCUGACGGCCGUUACACGCGAGACUACGAUAUCUUUGCCGGGAAGAAGAUUGAACCCCCAUGCGCCUUUGUCUCUGGAAAGCAGGACUGGGGUAUAUACCAGGAACCAGGGGCACUGGACAAGAUGACUAGUGGUGCCGUGUGCUCUGAUUUCCGAUCACUUCGAUUGCUUGAUGGUGUUGGUCACUGGAUACCCCAAGAGAGUCCGGAUGAGGUUGCGCAAACCAUUAUAAGCCUUAUAAAAGAGUUGGACAGCUAA